AUGCUCAAAAGGGGGACGGGGGUGAGGACGGACGACAGUGCCGGGGGAGUGUGGACAGAUGUGUGGGGGGAGGAAGAUGACUUCACGAGGUGUCGCGUCUCCGUCGUCGCAUCACGGUUUCACAACCACAGGAACCUGCAGCUGUGCUUCAUCAACAACGGAGACAGUGAAGAUGAGGAGGACGGAAACAACAAGGAGGUGUCCGUGGGGACGGGACGCAGAGGCUGUCAUGCCUCUGGGCUGAAACAGGAAGUGGUGACUGCUCUGAGGACACUGAGGGACGAACUGCUGGCUGAACAGAAGGAGAUGGAGCGUCUGACCAGCAGCAGUUGUGUUGCCAAGAGGAAACAUCUGGAGCGUUGGGAGCUCCAGGAGUGUUCAGUGCAGCAACUAAGCAGCAUGAGAGCGUCACUGCAACAGGAAGUUCACGCUCUGAGCUCGGAGCUCGUGGCCCACCUGCUGGUGAGAGACCAGUGGAGGACGACACAGGACGCCAUGCUGCUGGACGUCCAGGACCUGACCUAAUUGGACGUAGGGCAUCCGCGCUCGGACCAGGUCUAACAUUAACCAAACCGCUAACUCUGGGAAAUGGACAAAGACGAAGACAAGAGUGGACCUCGGGAGGAAGGAAGUUGAAAAAGUGGUUUGACGACGUCAAGGUCAAAACUUUUCCUGACAGGAAGUCAGCAACACUUUGAUUCGCGUCUGGAAGUCGAGUCGUAACGGAAUCAAUCAGGAAGAGAAGAGUAUCAGUUUUCAAAAUAAAAUCGUAAGUUUCUGUGUAUCCACACUAAAACCCAAUCCCACAGUUUUCAAAAUAAAACUGUUGGUUCAAGUUUAUCCACAAUAAAACCCAGCCCCACAGUUUUCAAAAUUAAACUGUAGGUUCAAGUUUGUCCACACUAAAACCCAGCCCCACAGUUUUCAAAAUAAAACUGUAGGUUCAAGUUUGUCCACACUAAAACCCAGCC